AUGUGGAGACUUCACAAUUUCUUCCUUGAGAUCUCAUAUUCUCCUCAACACCUUGCCCACGCUAAGCCAGUGAAUACUUCUUGGUACCAUCAUCAGAAUGUUGUUUCAAAAUCCUCAAUCAAAGCACUGGCUCCAUCAGUCAAAGCACUGGCUCCAGCAGUCAAAGCACUGGCUCCAGCAGUUAAUGCACUGGCUCCAGCAGUCAAAGCACUGGCUCCAGCAGUCAAAGCACUGGCUCCAGCAGUUAAUGCACUGGCUCCAGCAGUUAAUGCACUGGCUCCAUCAGUCAAAGCACUGGCUCCAUCAGUCAAAGCACUGGCUCCAUCAGUCAAAGCACUGGCUCCAGCAGUCAAAGCACUGGCUCCAUCAGUCAAAGCACUGGCUCCAUCAGUCAAAGCACUGGCUCCAUCAGUUAAUGCACUCUUGUUCCGAGCCAACCAACACUUUCAAACAGUUCUUCAUAGCAUUGAAUAA